AUGUCGUUACCCAUCAAAAGUCAUCAUAUUUCCCCCCGAAACUCCAUCUUCGAGAACGAUGCCCAAAAGCGCGGUUUCAUCGUCGUCAUCGUCCUCUCUGUCCUCGCUACUGUUGGCAUGUUCUGUCUCAUCAUCAGUCUGGUCAUAUGCAAGAACAAACGCGAUCGAAAGAACAAAGCGGCAAUCGUGAAUGCCGAGAUGCGUAUGCCUGGGUCUAAGAGCAGGUAUCGAAAGCUGGAAGACGAGGAAGAAGCAGAAGGUGGAGUUUGGAGCGUAGAGAUGGAUGAUAGACGGCCGACUGCGUACAAAGAUGGACAGCAGUACGGACAGGUUGACGUCGAUGUGCCACAUCCAGAGACUGCGUACAAGUGA